CGCGCGUGGAGAGAGGCGAAAAACCGUUUAAAUGUCGGUCGGCCCUCUUAAGCGUCAGUCGUCCGACACAUCGCGACUUUGGCCGGUCCGCCUGCGGUUGGAUACGUCCGCGUGAACACAACGUAAAAACCACCACCACCGACACUCGACGACGACAACAACAACAAUAACAACUACAAAAUCGCCAGGUCUGUGGUGUCUGCAGCGUCAGUGUAGUGGAGUCUACGUGGAAUUGUAAAAUAUAUUAUUUUACUCGGCCCGAGGAUGACUCUGUGACGAGUUAAUUGUCGGUCAAUAUUACUUUCAUUAUGUCAACCUAACGCAUCGAUUAAAAUGUCGAGUCAAAAGAAAUGUUGCUGAGAUAGUGUCCCGUGGCGGAUAGGGCUGGACGCCAUGGUGGACAACGACGGCGAGUCGACGGCCACAUCGUGGAACGCCACUGGCACUGCGGCCACUGCGCAGUGGAACGCGACCGGUGCCGCAGGUGGGGUGUCCUGUCACUCGGAGAUCGAAGGCGUACUCGGCACGGCCGCAUUCCAAACACUCGUCUACCUGACGUACACGAUCGUGUUCGUCGUGUCGCUGGUCGGCAACGGGCUGGUGUGCCACGUGGUCAUGUUCUCCGCGCAGAUGCACUCGGUUACCAACCUGUUCAUCAUGAACAUGGCCGUCGGCGACCUGCUCAUGACGCUCUUCUGCGUGCCGUUCUCGUUCGUCGCCACGCUGCUGCUGCAGUACUGGCCGUUCGGCAGCGACCUGUGCCACACCGUCAGCUUCGCCCAGGCGGUCGCUGUGCUGGUGAGCGCAUACACGCUGGUGGCAAUUAGCGUGGACAGGUACAUUGCGAUAAUGUGGCCACUGAAACCUAGAGCCAGCAGACAUCACGCCAAAUGCAUAAUAGCAUUAGUCUGGACCGUGGCCGUGAUUACAGCGUUUCCAAUUCUCCUAGUUACGACAUUGGAACAGCCGUCGUAUUGGCAUCAGGAAUGUGGAUUCUAUAUUUGCAACGAGAAAUGGCCAAGUGAGAACGUCCGGCAUUACUAUAAUGUAGCGUUGUUGGUGCUUCAGUAUUGCAUACCAUUCGCCGUCCUUCUAUUUACAUAUGUCAACAUUGGUGUGGUGGUGUGGGGCAAAAGGACUCCGGGCGAGGCGCAGAACUCCAGAGACGUUAGGAUGGCCAAGUCGAAGAGAAAAAUGAUAAAAAUGAUGGUUACUGUGGUCAUAGCGUUCACGGUUUGUUGGCUGCCGUAUAAUAUCCUUCUGAUCCUGUGGGACCACGAACCGUCGCUGAGCUCGUGGACCAGCCUGCCGUACGUCUGGUUCCUGUUCCACUGGCUGGCCAUGUCACACACGUGUUACAACCCGCUGAUCUACUGCUGGAUGAACACCCGGUACCGGGCCGGUUUCGCGGCAGUUCUGCGCAACGUGCCCGGGUUCGGCCGGUGCUUGGGUGGUUACCUGCGGGCACAACAGCACCAGUCGCACCACUACAACAGCCACAACGACCCCAGCCAGGCGGACGGCCUGCACCGGAUCAACACGACGUCGUCAUUCGUGUCGGUCAAGUCACGGCUCAAGUCGUUUAACGGGCGGCCCGCGGCGUACGGCCGGAGCCGCCGGAACUGGCACGAAGAAACGCUCUGAGCGCCGCCGGAAUCGCUCACGCGACGUCGCGGUCGUGAUGGUCGUCGGCGGUGGCUAGACAUCCAGGAAAAAGCCGUUUUCGCGGCGCGGUCGCGACGGGAAACCUCACACUUUUGACUUAGACUCCGCGGCGACGGUCGACCGGACACGAAACCGCACACUUUCUAAUAUUUUUGUCGGUCCGUUCGGUGACACUAUUGGCAAACAUUUUAUACCAGUGGGGGGAGAGGGUGAUGAAUUUUACCACAGUUAACCCAAAAAGCGACGAAUUGUUAAUAUUGUUCUAUACAUAUUUAAAUCACCGUUUUUCUCGAGUGACUAUAAUAUAUGACUUGAUGCGUCUGUAAAAGUGUAGAAUAAAUGCUCAUUAAUUCACCGUUUAUAUGACGACGAAACCACAGAAAUUAGCCGAUUUUAGUUUUAUGUUGAACGAAGAGUCUAUCCAAAAUUAAAUUUUAAUAUAUUAAACGUUAUUCCAAUCAUACAUUUGAUUAAUUUAAAUGCCAAAUAAAGAUAAAUUUAAAGGUAUUCAUGGGAAAUAAUUGAAAAUCUUUGUCAAGCAUAAACUAAUGCAAUGACAAUUCAAAUACUUCAUUAAUACUUUUUUUUAUUAUUUUUUUAUACAAACAUUUAAAAUACAAAUUAAAUAUUUCAAAAAUAGAAAUACGAAUUGAAAACACUGGCACGGCGCCGCAAAAUAAAAUUGCAUUUCAUUAUGACUAUCGGACCAUUGAUUUUAAAUUUUACAACCUUGGAUGGUUAGACCUUUUGAAUAAUACUAAGAUGAGAGGGAAAUCGUACCCAAAUCGCAUCCAAAUGCAGCCUAUGGUGCUUACACCAAUAGAAACAUUUCGCACACUUUUAGUUGGAUAAAAACGCAAAAUCAAUCACACUCUUUUUUAAUGUACAGACCACAUUUUGUAAUUUUGACAUUUUGUCAUAUUAUGUUGUGUUGAUAACAUUAUACCAACUACGAUUAUAAUAAUGAGUCAUGACGAAUAAAUUUACAGAGGUCGAUUUCAGUCGCAAUUAGUAGCAGAUUAGUUGGUUGUUUUCGCGUGUGUAUCGCGGUAUAAUUGUAUAAAAUGAGUACAUAAUGUAAAGUGCUUAUACAAAUGUUUUUCCGUAAUUUUCAAGAGAUUGUAUUGAUUUUUUAAAAUCGGGCAACUAUAACGGUCAAUUAAACAGUAGGUAAUUUAUUUUAUACAUUUUUAUUUAAUUAUUUUUAUUUUUAUAAACAUAUAAGUUAUAAAUACAAUAUAUUUUAUGUUUUAAAAAUAUAGCGAUUUUGCCAAAUUAGAAAUUGAUUAAAAAGUGUGUGGUUUUUGGGUACAACAGCCUUUUUUAAAAAAAAGUGUGAUGUUUAACUUACUAAAAGUGUGUAGUAUCGUACUGUAUUUCAUCUAAAGCGUGCAAUUUUUGGAUUCAAAAGUUGUUACUUCCUAUCAAUUAUAAUCACUAUUUUUACUGUUAAUGCGAGACGCUUCUUCUCGUCCGAAAUGCAUUUUGUGAUGAUGUAAUCUUUUCUCGAAUAAAUCAAAAAGUAUCGAGUAUACGCUAUAUCUAUAUGUACUUUAUCGCUAUCGUGAAAUGGUCAAAUUGGUUCCAAACAAGUUGGGGUAGAGUGAUUUAACAGUUUAAAUUUUCGCGUCAUGUUUCGUCCUCUUUAAAAACUUGUAUAAUAAUAAGAACAAUCUUUUGUUAAUUUUUUUGUUUAACACAACGAUUAUAGAGAUGGGUAAGUCUUAGUUUUGUAUAUGUUUUUGGGAAAACAUGAACAACGCGCAGAUAUUAUUUUAAUAGUUUAAAAAUAGUUUGAAAAAUAUUGUAUGAUAAUAAUAUUAUGUGAAGGGAUGCAAAACCACUUCGACCACUGCACAAAUGAAGUUAUUUUAAAUUAUUUUUACUUACAAAAACCUACAUUUUAAGACGCAUCGAAACCCAUUUUCUCCAGGUGAUUUUUCAAAAAACAAAAAUAAACGUAGACAUUACCCGUGUCAAUAUAUGUAGGUACCUAUAUUAUAUUAUACCCAGGUUUAAGUAAUUUAGCUUAUUGUACCUACGUCAGUUGCAUCGCACGUGUCCUACACGUGUAAUGUCUCAUGAUUUUAUGCUGUGUAAUUUGAUGGAAUAUACUUUUAAAAUUAAGUGUAAUAUAUUUGUGUGAACGAUUCCAUUUGGAUGUAAAUAAUAACGUUAAUAUUAUGUUAAUAAAUACAGUUAAAACACAAUUAUUGUUAUAAAAGUCUACUGUUUAAAAAAACUGUCUCCAGUAUGACAGCAUAAAUGCACCGUAAAAAUAAUGUUUAUGCGCAUACAAUUAUAUACGUGUAAGCACUGAGCCUGCGUGUAUUCCUUGUUUGUGAAUACCUAUGACGAAUUGGGGUGGAUUUUAAAAUGCCACUCUCGGCUACUAAAUACACAGAAGUGUGUUCUACCCAUCACAAAAAAAAUAAUUUUUUGUCCUAUCCGAAAUUCCACCGCUUAAUUUUAUUCGCCAUCUAUUCAUAUUAAAAUUAAAUUUAAAAAAAAAAAAAACGGGUAAGCAGGUUUACCGUUCCGCUGUACAGUUGGCGUCGAGUUAGUUCAGUGAGUGACACUAUAUCACCUCAAAUAAAUAGAACAGCUCUGGAGAGCAUUCCUAACUUGUAAUUACCUAUAGGCUAUUAGAUUUAAAAGAGGAAUAAGCAUGCAGCGAUGAUAUGACACGUCAAACGACUUCUAGAGACAUAUUAUUAUCAUUAAAAAAUAAAAUAUGAUACUGGUCUAGUUGACCCCCGCCAAGAAAAUCUUAUCCCCGCCAAUCCGGUUUAGUUGACGCCCGCCACUUAAAUCUCUCGUGUUUCCAAUGUUCUAGUCACUAAUCAAUAAUUUAAUAUAUAAUUUAAUAAUUCAUAAAAAAAAGUAAGAAAAUUAUUUAAAUCAUUUAUCAUACAUUC